GAGUGGGAGGCAAACCUUAAGCUUCACAUAGUGCUGAUCACACGAUUUACGCGAUACUUUCACGACGAUCUGACAGAUGGAAAGUUCCAUCAAAAUGAUCUGGCUUUUUGGGAUUAUUUAUCUUUAAUUACCUAUAUUACUCUCCCAAAUUUCAGAGUACCUCAAAAACAUUUUUUGAAUUUGAUUAACAAACAAUUUUUCACUAGUUUGGCUAACAUUUAGUGCCGACUAAUUGAUCUGUCUUUUUUAUAUAUCAAUUCUUUAAAUAUCUAACUUAAAGAUAUAAAAAAAUCAAAAUGCCUCAAAAACAUUUUUUGAAUAAGGAAAUUUCCCAUUUAUGAAAAUUCAAGGGUUGCUAGGGGACCGCUACCCUCUAGCCAGACCUCGACUUUCUUUUUUAGGGAUCUUUCAGGGACACUCACAAAAUUUUGCUAAGUGCCUCAAAAAACUACCCAAAAUUGUUCACCAGCUCUCCUACUAUUACUCUCGGCUCGCUUCGAUAUCCCGAACACACAAAUACGGAUAGCUUUCGUUGUGUGCUGUUCGGGUAAGCCUCAUGGAAAUGGUACAAAAAUCCCACGUUGUGGCAUCACUUGAGUAAGCGGCAGCGGCCCCUGAUCCUGAUAUUGAUUGACAUACAAGUUUACAAAUACAAGCCGCACGUUGGUCUGUAACCUUACUUUCGCAUACUAUUUUAAAAAAUUGAACAAUACUCAAAAAUUGAUGAAGUAUUGAAACAUUUCUACAUCCAUAUUUAUGUUAAAUAUUUUAUAAAAAAUGAAUCUUUUGCCGAAAUGUCAUGAAGAAUUCAGUAAAGAAGAUUAUUGGAAUACAUUUUUUAAAAAACGUGGGAAAAAAACUUUUGAAUGGUAUGGAGAAUACCCUCAACUUUGUGGACAGUUGUCGAAGUAUGUUAAAGUAAAAGAUGAAAUAUUAGUUGUUGGAUGUGGUAAUUCAAAACUCAGCAUGGAUCUAUAUGAUGUUGGGUAUAGAAGCAUUAAAAGUAUUGAUAUUUCGAAAAUUGUAAUUGACCAGAUGAUAGAACAAAACAGAGUGGAUCGUCCAAAUUUAGUUUUUAACAAAAUGGAUGCUACACAGAUGACUUAUUCUGAUGAUACAUUUAGUGUUAUUAUUGAUAAAGGAACAUUAGAUGCUUUAAUGUCAAAUAAUGAUGAAGAAACUUUAACUAAAAUUGAUAAAUAUUUCAAUGAAAUUUCUCGAGUUUUACGAAGAGGAGGAAGAUACAUAUGUAUUUCAUUGUUACAAGAACAUAUUUUAAGAAAACUAAUUUCUUACUUUACAUCUUCACAUUUUAUGUUUCGCAUAACGAGAUGUCAAGAUGCUGAAAUUAAAGCAAAAGAAGAAGAUGGCAGUUCAUUUCCUGUUUUUAUUGUUAUGGCAACUAAAUUUCCAGGAUUAUCUCAGCAGGUUUUGGAAUUAGCUUUGACAGGAGAUCACAUAUCAAAAGUUUCAAAUACUGAAGAACUUAUAAAUGCAAUUCUGGCUGUUCAGCAAUCAAAUAUUGUUUGUAAUAGACUUCAAAAAAGAAGUAUUGCUGAUGUUGGUGAAAUUACACUUGAUUUAUUUUCCCCGGAAAAUGAUAAACCGAGAUAUAUUAUUCACGUACUUGAUCGACCAAAGGGUAAUGGGAAAUCAUAUGCAGUAUUUUUAGUUCCUCAGGGAAGAGAUAGCGACUGGCUAUUUGGUACAAAAGAAGGUAGAAAAGAGUUUGCUGAACUUAUGGAAAAAGAUCGAAUAGCGAUUGUUAUUCUUGGUAGAAAUCAUACUUUUAAAAAUUGGGAUGAAGUAAAAGAGGAAUUGAAUUACUCAGUUAAAAAUCUAGCGCCUUCUGGGCUUCCAUCAAAUUCAACAAUUGCUUAUUUAUCACUUGGAGCAGACGUUGGUAAAUGUGAAAUUCUUCAUGAAGAAGAAAGUAAAAUAAAUGGUCGUAUUGCUAUUGAAGAUGUUUAUAGUGAUAAUCAUGAUUUAAAAUUUCGAAGACUCAUAUUUCUUAAAAAUCAAUUUGUUAUACAAAGUGAUGCUAAAGUUAAAUCGAUAAAAACUAGACGAGGAAAAAUAAAAGAUAUAAUUGAUCAUGGAUAUUUAGCAUGUGAGCAUCAUGCAUUUAUGUUGAUUGGAGUGCAAGCGAUGAUUGGAAGUAACACUAAACGAAAUCAGUGUAAAGAAAUUCUUGUUAUUGGAUUAGGAGGUGGUGGCCUCUGCAUGUUUCUUUAUCGUUGUUUUCCUCAGUCUAAAAUAACUGCUAUAGAAAUAGAUGAAACGGUAUUGAAAAUUGCCAAGGAAUAUUUCAACUUUAUCAUAGAUGAAAGAUCUAAAGUUGAAAUCUGUGAUGGAAUAAAUUAUUUAGAAGAUGCCGCUAAAAAUGGAAAAAAAUUUGAUGCUAUACUUUUUGACAUAAGCACCAAUGAUAAACUAUUAGGAAUAAGCUGUCCGCCAAUAGAGUUUUUAAAACCAUCAGUUCUAUCUUCAGUAUCAAAAUGUCUUAAUAAAGAUGGUUUUUUUAUACUGAGUUUAGUAUGUCGUGAUAAAAAUUUACGACCAGAAAUUCUUAACGAUUUAAAAAAAACAUUUUCUUCAAUAACGUCGAUACAGAUCAAAGAUAUUAUUAACGAAAUUUUGUUUUGUACUGUAUCGAAAAAAAAUCCCGAUGAUUGGAAAGAUAUAUGGAACAAUGCUAAGGAAAUAUUUAAGCAAACUUUAGAAAAAUAUAAACUAUCAAUAAAAAAUGAUACUGAAACAUCGGAAUUUCUUCAACAUUUAACUAUUGAAUUGUAAUAGUUACCCACUUGAUAUUCUUUUAAUUUUAAAUAGAAUAUUCUUAUUUGUAAAAAGUGCAUUUGAUAAUAUAUAUAUAUGUAUGUAUAUAUGUAAACAUUUUUUAUUUUAAUAAAAU